AUGUCUAGCAGCAUUCAGUUCGCAGAGCCGCCCAUCUCCAAGAAACAGGUGCCGGAGCGCAUUGGGAGGGAACGGGCCAACACUGCGGAAAACGAAAAGGGGUCGGCACCCCGAACACUCUCCCCCGGCAGCGAAAUCGUCUAUCCGGUGGGAUGGAGACUGAGGCUCAAUAUCAUAGGGCUCUUGAUUGGGUUCUUCCUCUCCAAUUUGGAUGUCACCAUCGUGAGCUCAUCUUUGACGAGUAUCACGGAUAGUCUGGAGGGCUUCGAGAAGAGGAGUUGGAUCAUUACUGGUUAUUUGGCCACCUACACAGGGUCUAUGGCAAUAUGGGCUAAGGGUAGUGAUAUAAUUGGGAGAAAACACGCGACGAUCGCGUCUCUUGUGAUUCUGUUGGCAUUCUCCAUUGGAUGCGGGCUCGCCCAGACAGUUGACCAACUGAUCAUAUUCCGAGCGUUGCAGGGAAUAGGCGGCGCCGGUGUUUACGCACUGGCGAUACUAUGCAUCUACGAAAUAGCCCCCAAAGCAAAGCUUCCAUUCUACAGUGGAUUGAUGUCAUUUUGUCUUGCUCUUGCAUCUUUGAUCGGUCCGAUCAUUGGGGGCGCGCUUGCACAAAACUCACAAUGGAGAUGGGUUUUCCUCAUCAAUGCUCCGUUAUGCGCAGUCGCAAUCAUCAUUAUCAUGGCUGCGAUGCCCACGAACUUCGGUCUCGAUCAACACAUGCCGUCGCUCAGAACACGAGCAUCGUAUCGCUCUUUUGUCAAUCUGGAUCUUGUGGGGUCAUUCCUCAUGCUCACAGGCUCCUUUUUGAUUGUCGCCGUCUUGAAUGAAGUAAAUCUGGCGUUCGCAUGGUCUUCCAGAAGUGCGGUUGCUCUCCUGGUGCUUACUGGUAUCUCAUGGAUUGCCUUUUUCUGUUGGGAAUGGCAUCUCUCAGAUUUCCCGAAACAGGACCCCAUAUUCCCUAAGCGCUGGCUUUUUGAUCGGGCUUGGAUGGGUAUCUUGAUCUCCUCGUUUGUUGCUGGGGUAGUAUACAACGUGGUUUUGGUAUAUGUUCCACAACAGGCGCAGCUGCUAUUGGAUAAGUCGCCCCUCGAUGCUGGCAUCUAUCUGAUCGGGUACUCGGCCGUUGCAGCCAUCGCAGCAGGCCUCGUCAAUAUCGCCAGCUCUCAUGGCCGUGUUCCAUUUGUUUAUUCCCUACUUGUCGGAUGUACGGUACAUACAGUGGGAGUCGGACUCCUUUCCACAAUCGCCACUUCAAAGGGGUUCCAUGCGACAGAUAUCGUGUACGAAGCUAUUGCAGGAGCAGGACUGGGAAUCACAAUGGGCAUUCUGGUGUUGGCACCGCCAUACAUUGUCGAAGACCGAGAUCUCACAAUCGCCACUGGAUUUGUUGUUCAAGUUCGGCUCCUCGGAGGCGCCAUCGGCCUGGCUAUUGCAUCCAACAUUCUGAACGGCCGUCUCGCACACCAUCUGCGGGGCAUCCUGACACCGCAUGAAUUGCACCUAUUUCUCGAAAAUGUGGAGUCGAUAAAGGCAGUAUCUUCUCAUCUUCAGGAUGAAGUCAAAGACGUUUUUGCCGCCAGCUACAGCACACAGCUGAGGGUAAUGAUCGGGUUUGCAGCCGCGCAGCUACCAGCAGUACUUCUUCUUAUCAAGUCUGGGCGUCAACUUGCGGCGAGGAAAACACGAACGAACAGUAAUCUUGGGCAAUAA